AUGCACGAAAACGUCAUCCUCCAGUCAUCUGCCAUGUGCAAGCCUCCCGCCCCGCGAAUCUCUCUCGAAAAAAAGAAGCUUCAGGCGGGCCACAUGCCACAUGCCACCCGUCGCAGGGACUUUUUGAAAAUGGAUCCUGGCUUCUUUUGA